AUGGAAGGGUUUGGCUUCCAUUCAAAAUGGAUUCAAUGGGUAAAAGAAUGCAUAACUACAGUCUCUUUGUCUAUACUAGUUAAUGGAUCUUCGUCAGAUUCUUUCAAUCCGCAAAAAGGGUUAAGGCAAGGGGACCUGCUUUCUCCUUUUCUUUUUAUCAUUGAAGCAGAGAUUUUGAACGUUAUGUUUAUUAGGGCCACACAACUGGGGCUAUUGAAAGGAGUUCAAGUUGAAACCAUUUGUUUGACGCAUUUGCAGUUCGCCGAUGAUACAAUCAUUUUCUAUCAAGCAAAGUGGGUUGAAAUAGUUAAUAUUAGAAGAAUCUUGAGAUGCUUUGAGAUUAUAUCAAGGUUAAAGGUGGACUUUCAUAACAGUUUGGUAGGAGGAGUGGGUAUUGAUAAUGCGUUGUUGAAUGAAUUUGCAGCAGCUCUUAGAUGCAAAGUGCAGAAGCUUCCAAUGAAAUUUUUGGGACUACCUUUAGGUGCUAAUCCAAGAUUGAGGAGGAUAUGA